UCGUCUGCGUUUGUUUAUGCACGUGUUGCGUUUAAAUUUUAAGUUUUAAUUGUUGAAAAAGGGAAUCAAAUCCCGGCCAGAAAAUGGACAGCGAGGGCGACGACUACGAGCUGACCGGCUCCGAGCAGGAGUACGAUGCGGAGGAGCGCGAGAUUCUGGAGGAUCUGCGCAAGCAGCGCAAAAAGCGCCAGCAGCAGGAUCCCGUCCAGGAAGUCCUGGCUUUCAGCGAUGAUGACGACGACGAUGAGGAGGAUCAGGAGCAGGAUGAUGUGGCCGAGCUGAUGCGGGACAGUGACAUCGAGGGCGCCGAGGACGAUGACCGCGAUCUGCCCAACACCAUGGACUGGGGCAGCAAGCGGAGCACCUACUACAACACGGACUUUGUGGACCAGGACUACAGCAGCUACAAUGCCCAGGAGGAGGAGGAGGCUCGCGCCGAGGAGGAGGAGGCCAAGAAGAUACAGUUGCGCCUGGCCAAGCGGCUCAGCGAGGCCGAUUUCCAGCUGGACGAUUUGCAAGCAGCCGCCGGAAGCAGUGAUGAUGACGAGGAGCUUGAGGAGGGCGAAGUCACCAAGGUGACCACCGAUCUGACCGGUAUGACGGCCCGCGAACGCCGGCAGCUGUUGCAGAAGGACUCGCCCGAGUUCAUUGGCCUCACCCAGGACUUUCAGAAGCAUCUGAACGAGGUCAAGGAUCUCAUCACACCAGUUCUUAACUACGUUAGGAACCACAAUGUCCCUAUGGUGCCGGCUCUCAAGUACGCCAGUCUAUACCACACCGUGCUCUCCACCUACUGCUCCAAUGUGGCCUUCUAUCUGCUGCUCAAGGCGCGCCGCAGUAGCGUUAAGUUCCAUCCGGUGGUCAAGCGGCUGGUGCAGCUCAAGCAGCUAGUGGAGCAGCUAACGCCGCGCUACGAGGAGUACAUACGCCCACAGUUGGAGGCGCUGCUAGAGAGGAUCCAGGAUGGGGAUGCCUUUACGGUGCUGGAUGUGGCACAGCGCAAGGCCAAGCUGCAGAUCCUGAACAAGUACAGCAAUGGCGAACAGGCCGAACAGAGCUCCGAUGAUGAUGAUGAGGAGGAUGAGAAGGAUCAGGAUCAGGCAGAGGAGCCAGACGAUGAGGAGGCGGAGGAGGAGGAUGGGGAGAACGAGGAGGAGCUGGCGCGACGUGGCAUCACCUACCAGAUGGCCAAGAACAAGGGCCUCACCCCGCACCGCAAGAAGGAGCUGCGCAAUCCGCGCGUCAAGCACCGCGGCAAAUACCGAAAGGCCCUCAUCCGGCGCAAGGGAGCCGUGCGCACGGUGCGCAAGGAGCUCCAGCGCUACGGCGGCGAGAUGUCCGGCAUCAAGGCCUCCGUCACCAAGAGCGUCAAGUUCCGCACCUAGUUCAAUUAGCACUUAUCCAUUAAAAAUCAGUAAAAAAAACAAGCUUUGUUUUAAUCAACUCA